AGUCUGAGCGUCUGAGCCUGUGUGAUGAGCACAGCUCGUUUCGUUCAGGUGCUUCAAGGCGCUAGAGCUUUUAAAAGCAGCACAGAGCAAUGUGGCUUCGAGGCUUUGCCAUGCGCUGGCCAAUUCUAUCAUGAAUUGAGGCAAAGCUGGAGCCUUGUUAGCUCGCGGAUUUUGACGGAGGUCAUCAGAUAAUUUGCUAGUUAGAACCGGACUGGCGUUUUGCGUCCUGGCCACAUCAUGGCUGAAGGAAAGUCAAAGGUGGUGGCUGAUUUCCUGGCUCUGAUCGACAAGAAGGACUAUCGCAAAGCGGCGGAGCAGUAUGAGGCGCUGGUGUUCCAAGUCGCGGGCGACACUCUCUUGAGUGCAGAACUUGAGCACCAGCUGCACCUGAGACCUACCAAACCAUAUAAGAAGCUGAUCAGACUCCUGAAAGACGAGCGUGCGGUGCGCGGCAUCUUGUUCAUGCUUCUGGUGCCGCAUGUCUCCCACACUGUCCUGGCAAUCAGCAACACCAUUGCCCCCGCUCCUGGCUUGGCAAAGCUCUUAGCCUCCUGCGAGACAUCCGUCGACACGCUACUCCAACUCGGCUCCCUCCUUCACUUCUUUGCCGUCCGCGCCCUUACGGACAGCCCCGCCUUUUCAGAAAAGGAAGAACACGCCAUUCGCGGCUACUACAUCUACACGUGCUUCCUGCGCUACCUCCUGCAAGCCAGUCCGGAAUUCACGGAGCGCGCUUUCCGGGGGGGUCUUCUCUCCCUGCUCGUGUCCAACCACCCCUUCCCAGGCCAACCCCCCCGAAACGGUGGGCGCGCUGAACUGUACCGAAAAAUCGGCCUUUUCACGGCGGGGUGCGUACACUGUUUUAUCGAAAGCCCGGCCAAACUAGACCAAGUCUUACGGGACAGUGUUGCGGGGGGUCUGGUGCCAUGGAUAACCCGGUUCCUGAAAAUGGUAAUCGCGAUCCUGACCCGGUUCCCGGAGUUAGCCCCUCGCUUCGAAAUCCAGACGACGAACCUGUUCGACGCCCUUGGGAAGAUCUGCGAGCGUGCGAAGAGUGUCGCGCCUAGUUUGAACUCUGCCGCGGAGAUUGAAGCAGUGUUACAGUCCGUGAGGGAAGUCAAGCCCCGUCUCAAUGACACCACCGCGCGCUUCGCGGCAUCCGUCCUGAGCAACGCCCACAAGUGGACAGGGGCGGCGCCGAUCACGCAACCACGCGAAAUCGGAGUCAAGGCCAGCGACAUCGGAGUUCUGUGUUUCGCUGGGAAGCAUCCGUGGCCAACCGCUUCGACGGUCAGCGCUUCGCGGGAGAAAACCGUCAAGAAGCUUUCAACCAGCCUCGUGACAGACGUCGCCGUUUUUGCGUUGUUACCGGGCGACCUUCGAGGAGAAGCAACCGGGCAGGUGCAGCGCACUCUCAGCAACUUGGUCGCCGAGAUGGAGGAGGGCAUCAAGCGGGGGGAAAUCUCCCGAGCAGUUAUCGACACAGUCGGUUCGGACGUCCUGAACGUCGUCAAUGCGGAGCUGUCCAAACUCCCGGCGUCCGUUCAUCCGCAUCUCGUCGGUCUGCUCAUUCUGUGCUUCAACGCUGGGGAGGACACCGAAGCCAAGUGGCAUGAGUACACUCGGGUUUUGAUUGGGGUCAACCUGCUAACCCUCGACCGGCGUGCGAAUCUUGUGUGGCCGUUUGUUAUGGCUCUCUUCGGGGCUCUCGACUGGGAGAAACUGUCGGACGGCAUGUUUGGCGCGCAGCUCGUCUUCAUGGCGUGCUUCAAGAAGAGUCGGCAAAAGGCGUCGAGCUUUCUCCACGCGGAUGACGUCAUGGGGUUAGAGUUUCCCGCCGUUCUAGAUUUCGUCGUUGCAAACGUGGCGCCACUGACGCGGUUUCUCGAGUGGGUGACGGUCCGAUUCGCGUACCGGGACCUCGGGAAGGCGGGCCGGCCGCGGGGCCCCCCGCCGUCGAAAGUAGACUUCUCGCGCGACGACCUGAUCCACAUAACGCUGAUGCUCGAGCCGCUUUACAUAGUCUUCGUACUCGCUUUCGAAGCUUCCCGCGCCGACGCGGCUGCGCGCGAGCGCUUCCUGUCGACCACGGCCGUGAACGGGGGGCUCGCCACGUGCCGGGCCAUCAUGAAGAGCGCGCGGGCCACCCUGCUGACGUCAGGGGUGGCGUCACCUGCGGGAUGUGAUGACGACGACGAUGUGGAAGUGCUGUCACGGUGGUACCUGCAGCAUAUGGAGUACACGGACAAGCUGUGGGCGGCUUACGCGGAGCACUUCAAGCUGAGGCCGUGUAGCAACCCGGAGUGCGUUGAUGGAGUCAUCGAGUUCCGACGGGCGACUUUCAAGUCGUGUAGCGCGUGCAGCGCCGCCCAAUACUGCUCGCGAGAAUGCCAGUUGAUCCAUUGGAAGAGAGGUCACAAGCAAGAUUGCAAGAAAGCGAAGGGCCAAGCAAACGGAUCGGGCCAGCAAAGCUAGCACGUGCCAAGGCUUGGGACUGUGAAAUGAUGCUUUUGGGGAGCUUUCAGGACUGACAACUUAGGAAGAGACAACAGACAUGC